AUAAUGGUGGACUUGACAGGGGUGCAUGAACUAGUAGGGAAAAGUUAGUCAGGCUGCACAGUACACAGCAGAGACUUGGUGAGGACUACUCACCUGUGGGAUUUUAUACAAAGUUCAAUUUGUUGACUUAUGCGUUGCUGUAAAACGUAUAAUAUAUACCUGAAGAAUAUAGGAUAACAUUUUAUUCUUAGAUUUUAAAAGAUGACUUUUUGCAAGUCCUGCUUUGUUGCGCUCCUGCUGCCUCUGUUGUUAUCAGCGCAGUACCACGGGGACAACGGGAUAGUGGUCCCGGAGCAUGGCUUUUGCCAACCGAUCACGAUACCUCUGUGCACGGACAUCGCCUAUAACCAGACCAUCAUGCCUAAUUUAGUUGGCCAUUACAACCAAGAAGACGCAGGACUGGAGGUGCAUCAGUUCUACCCGUUAGUGAAGGUACAGUGCUCCCCGGAGUUAAAAUUCUUCCUCUGCUCCAUGUACGCGCCCGUGUGCACCGUUUUGGAAAAGGCCAUUCCUCCGUGCAGAUCCAUCUGCGAGAGAGCCAAGCAGGGCUGUGAGGCUCUCAUGAACAAGUUUGGUUUCCAGUGGCCGGAACGCUUGCGCUGCGAGAACUUCCCUGUGCUGGGAGACGAACAGAUCUGCGUGGGUCAAAACGAGUCCUCCGCCGCCCCCACGGUCCCACCCAUCAUGUCCGUACCGGGGACGCAGGGCGGCUCAGUGCUCUUCAGACCGGAUAAACCUUCCAGAUGUCCUUCUGUUCUGAGAGUGCCUUCCUAUUUGAGCUACAAGUUUUUGGAGGUCCAGGACUGUGCGGCUCCAUGUGAGCCAUCCAGGAGCAGCGGCCACAUGUUUUUCACAGACAAAGAGAUCCAAUUCUCCCGCAUCUGGAUCCUGGUCUGGUCUGUGCUUUGCUGUGCAUCCACGUUAUUCACAGUGACCACCUAUUUGGUUGACAUGCAACGCUUCAGAUAUCCUGAGCGACCUAUCAUUUUCCUGUCUGGCUGCUACACCAUGGUCUCUAUAGCCUACAUAGCCGGGUACUUUUUAGGUGACAAGGUCGUAUGCAAUGAUAGUUUUUACCCAGACAGCUAUAAAACCAUUGUCCAGGGAACCAAAAAGGAAGGGUGCACCAUCCUCUUCAUGAUGCUGUAUUUCUUCAGCAUGGCCAGCUCCAUCUGGUGGGUCAUCCUCUCCCUCACUUGGUUCCUGGCAGCAGGUAUGAAGUGGGGACAUGAGGCCAUUGAGGCCAACUCUCAGUAUUUUCAUCUAGCAGCUUGGGCAGUGCCGGCCGUCAAGACCAUCAGCAUCCUGGCCAUCGGUCAGAUAGAAGGCGAUAUGCUCAGUGGAGUGUGUUUCGUCAGUCUCGGCAACCUGGACCCCCUGCGAGGCUUUGUCCUAGCCCCUCUCUUCAUUUACCUCUUUAUCGGGACCUCCUUUUUGUUGGCCGGCUUCGUUUCGCUUUUCAGAAUCCGCACCAUCAUGAAACACGAUGGCACCAAGACAGAAAAGCUGGAGCGGCUGAUGGUGAGGAUCGGGGUCUUCAGUGUGCUCUACACUGUCCCUGCUACUAUUGUCAUCGCCUGCUUUUUCUAUGAGCAGGCUUUCCGUCCACACUGGGAACGGAGCUGGGUCAGCCACAAUUGCAGAGGCCUGGCCAUCCCGUGCCCUAUGCAAACCGGGCCGUACAUGACCCCGGAUUUUACCGUCUACAUGAUCAAGUACCUGAUGACACUUAUUGUAGGCAUCACCUCUGGUUUCUGGAUCUGGUCAGGGAAGACUUUCCACUCCUGGCACAAGUUCUACACAAGGCUGACAAAUGGCAAACACGGAGAGACCACGGUGUAAAAUACGCGCACGCCACUGUAUUGACUGACAGGCUGCAGUGAGAGAUCACUGGAAUUCCUAAUGGAAGAGACAGCAGCUCUCCUGGUAAAUAAAAGGGAUCGGUUCUGACUGUCGAGUGAACCGCACCCCCCCUCCAUAAGUUAUCACCUCCACAACUCACUCCUGUUUUUCGCAUGUAUUCGGAAAUGUUUCAAAUCUCUGGUCCCUGGGGAAACGGUGCUAGAGUGUGACCGAGGACUUCCUCCACUGUUUCAGGAACAUCGCCUUACAAGUGCUUAACAAAACAAAGGCCUCCUCACCCUGCUUCUCCUUUUUUGGCCUGUUGUUGAGAAGGAUCGUGUUAAAUAAACAAAAGGCGAGAGGAGGCCUGCGGAGCUGCACAGGUGUGAAAGUGUUUCCGCUGCUGCUGCUGCUGCUGCUGCUGCUGCGAAUGGAAAACACGGCUGUGAGCUGUGUUCGUGCUGCAGCCACCGUCGUCUGUGCCAAGUUGGAAUCCCCCAAAGCAACGCACCGCUGAAACUCGACCUAGCCUGUGGUGAUGUCAUCAAGUACAUGGGUGCGUUGGAGAAAGCUGACCCCCCACCCCCACCAUCUUUUAGUGCACAUACUCCAGGCAUUGGCAGAGAACUCGUACAGUACUUCCUAGCCUACAGUACACCUUGUAUCGUCGAGGUUAAGGGUAAAAACAGUAACUGCAGUUGUCUCUGGGUAGAAAACAGUCAUUUUAUUUUGCUAAUAAAGACAUUUCUGCCAUUUGGGGUCACUUUUAAACAAACUUCGGAAAGAUUUCCUGGAGUGUUUCCAGCCUAUUCUUUUUUUCUUCACUAAAGUAGAUACAGCCUUCUGGCCCGGACCGUGGCCUCCAGUCCAUUUAACGGACUGACUGCAUGAUUUCAAUCAGUAGUUUGUGCCGUUCUGUUCAGUCAAAAAAAAUAUAUACUUAAGCAGUCUUAGGGGGUAAGCCUUUUUUCCACCAGUUGCUGAAGUGUAUUUUAGGUCAGUGCUUUGUUCCCUUUUCAAUCCUCUCAGUCUUUUUUUCUUACUCAUAAUUUGUUCCAACCUCACACUGGGGGGAUGGUGUAUUUGGCUACGUUCUUGUUUUUUUUUUAUUCCGAGCAAAUGAUAUGCUUCUGGUAUGCAUUACUGUAUCUUCAGGUAUUCCUUACUGCGUUUUAGUUUGGAUUGGAGUUUUUCUCUUCAGUUUGCUCACAGUCCAUUCCUCUGUAAACAGAGUUAGAUUAGGUUCUCCUAAACUAUAUAUGUUUUAAUAAAGCUUCUGAUAACAAAGCUAGUAAAAAUAUACUCCAGAUCUGGUGUCAAAACUAAGAGUUUCCAUGUUUAUCUGAAAAA